AUGUUAAAUAAUAAUAAUAAUAAUUUUUAUUAUUAUAUCACAGCAUCUGGUGAUCAUGAAGCGCAUGUCUGGAGAUCAUUCGUAAAUAUUCCUCAGUCUGUUCCUGAAGACCAUCGACCGUCGUCAGGAGAUGAUGACUUGGACACUUCUGAUAAAGAAGAUGUUGAUGGAACAGGAGCAGAGAAUGAUAAUAUGACAUAUAUAAGGACACCACAGUGCGUACUAGAAGGCCAUAGCGGUGUCAUAAUAUCUGCUGAUUGGAUGCCAGAUGGACGGCAGAUUGUGACUGCAUCAUGGGAUAGGACAGCCAAUCUGUAUGAUGUAGAAACAUGUGAACUUAUACAGUCAUUAACAGGGCAUGAUCAAGAAUUAACACAUUGCUGUACACAUCCUACACAGAAACUAGUGGUGACGUCAUCAACAGAUACAACAUUUAGACUCUGGGACUUCCGAGAUCCAAACAUUCAUUCAGUAAAUGUAUUCCAAGGUCACAGUGAAGCGGUUACAUCAGCCUGUUUUGCAUCAGGCGAUAAUGUUGUGAGUGGCUCUGAUGAUCGAACUGUUAAAGUGUGGGAUUUGAAGAAUAUGAGAACCCCAAUCACAACUAUCCGAGUUGAUUCCGCUGUCAAUAGAUUAUCGGUGUCGCCGCAGUAUAACGUCAUCGCUAUACCCCACGACAACAGACAAAUACGAUUAUUUGAUUUAAAUGGCGUCAGGCUGGCGAGAUUACCAAGAAGCAGUCGACAGGGCCAUCGUCGCAUGGUGUGUUGUACCACCUGGCUAGAUGAAGGAAGUAACUGUAAUUUAUUCAGCUGUGGAUUUGAUCGACAAGUUCUGGGAUGGAGGAUUAACGGAUUGACGACUGGUACCAUUGACAAAUCUUAAAGACAGUGACAAUCCACAUUCCACGGACUGUUAUCUGAAACAUCCUGAUCUUUCUGUAGAUCGGUCGGUACCUCAGGAAAUUAGGGUUUACUUGGCAAUAUGAGGAUAAGAGAGACAAAUUCUUGAUCUGAUCGUUUCACGAUACAUUGAAAGCUGAGAGGGUGAGGGGUGGGGGUGCUAAAUCAUUCCCUCUGGACGCAAUGUGUGUAUAAUUUUGUGGAAGGAAUGUAAAUGU